CUGAUAGCGUCAUUAUUGGAGUUAUCAAGACUAGAUUUAUUCAAAUUUAAAGGUCCGCCGCUGUUCAAAGAAUAUUAUGCAAAAUUUUGAAUAUAAAAUAGUUUAAUUAAGAAAAUAUAGAGUUAAGAAUGGAUCCUGCAACAGUCAUAGCUCUUUGUAAAGAAAAUAUUCAACCAUUGCGUUAUGGACGAAAUGCUGUACAAUUAGGAACUGCAUUAAGAGCACAAGAAGAUGCAGAUGCUCAGCAAUUACUUUUACAAGAGAAACAGAUGUACGAAGACGCGAUAAAAAAUUAUGAAGGAGACGAUCCUUUAGAAAGCUGGUAUGAUUAUAUACUAUGGGUGGAACAGAGUUAUCCAAAAAGUGGACACGAGCCACAUAUUGCUAAGCUUUUACAACAAUGUUUAGCAACAUUUGAAAAAGAGACCAAGUAUCAUCAAGAUCGUAGAUAUAUACGCCUUUGGAUUAAUUAUAUAAAUAUGCAGAAAAAUCCAUUAGAGUUGUAUCAACUUUUACACAACAAUGGAAUUGGGACUAUGGUCGCAGAUAUGUAUAGAGCAUGGGCUUUUGAAUUAGAACAAAGAGAAGAUUACAAACGUGCAGAUGAAGUUUAUUUAAUGGGUUUGUCUGCUUUGGCAGAACCACAAGAUGAAUUGGAUUGUGCUCAUAACAACUUUCAACUCGCAGUUGCUCGUAAAAUGUUAGGACGAACAGACGAUCGUAACGAAGUAUCCUUACUCGAACAACGUCAAGCUUUCAGCUCUUUAAGAGCAAUAAAAGCUGGGAAAAAAGUUAGUAACUUACGUACUGGACAUCGAGUACGCGAACACUUUCCCGGUACCGUUCCACAAAUUUCCGCGACGACGCAUAAUACUAGCAGAAUGACGCAGAAUGUCAAAAUCCAGAUAUACGAGGAUGAUGUACCUAGCGCAAUGAAGGGUUCCAGCAUAUUAGAUCACGUUCCAGUAGAAGAUAUAGUACAUAAAGAGAAUACCAUUAAACCUGGACCAUGGAAUAGUGGGAGCAAGCGAUGUCCGUUAAUUUCAUCCGCUACAAAGUCAGCUUUUAAGGUUCAUGAAGAUCAAGUGGAUGAUUUUGACACAGAUAAGUUAAGAUUAUUUUCAAAUCACACAUUCUUUUUCGAUGGUAGCAAAUAUCCAGAGCACUUAACUGUACCUGUGUUUGUACCAGAUCCUCCAAAUCCAAAUAUUAUAUUAAGACCACAUUAUCCCAAAGAAUUAGUUUAUACUAAUAAUGUAGAUCAAAGUAUGGAGGAAAUAAGAGCCCAACUGUACUUACAAAGAGCACAAACUUUAAAAAAGAAGCAUGAUGUACAAGAUAUAAGAGAAGUUGAACAAGUUCAGCAUAAAAGUUUUGAAACUGAACAUCAGAGGCAUGAUAUAUUUUUACAAGAAUUUCAAAGACAGAGAUCUGAACAACAGGAAUUAACAAAGGGGCAAAGAGAAAUAGAACAGCAACGAAGAGAGGUCGAACCAAUUGACAUCGAUAGACAAAGACUUGAAGCUAAACAACAAGAACUUCGAAGGCAACAGUUUGAAGCCGAAAAUCAAGCUUUAGAGUCUCAGAGACGCGAGGCGGAACAAAGAGAAUUAGAGAGACUAGAAGCUGAAAGAAUCGAGGCUGAAAGAAUCGAAGCGGAAAGGCUCGAAGCACAAAGAAUGGAAGCAGAAUUAAAUUCACAGAGGAAGCUACAAGUCUCAAAUUUUAUGCAUCAACAUCAUACAUCAUCCCUAACUACUGACCCUGAAGAACAUUUGCUUGGACAAAGUAUUACAGCUAAUACGAAAGAGGCAAUAUCAGUGAUACAAGACAUGUGGCGCUCUCCCGAUGCUGUACAUACUACUCCUAAUUUUCGUACUCCUAUGACACCUAGAAUCCCAGAUUCGAAAACUAAAUUAUCGUUUGAUAUACAUAUGGACAGUUCAAUGACUCAACACGCAAUGUCGAGCAGUAAACAUCAUUCGGGAUAUAGUAUUCAACCUUAUAACGAUCAAGAAAAUCAUGAGAAUUAUUCUGCUCACCAAAGUUACUCUAAUCAAGAACACCAGACUUCCUAUGGCAAUCCUGGACUACAUAACACCUACCAAUAUCAAAUACAGCAACAUCAUGAACAACAAAUGCAACCUCAUUCCCGACCGCAUCAUUCACAGCAUCAUCCGCAAUUAAUGCAAACGCAUCAACAGGCUCAUAUGGUUCCGCAUCAUCAUCAUCAUCAUCCACAACAACAACAACAACAACAACAACAACAACAACAACAACAACAACAUCAUGCUAUUUCUCACGCUUCACAUUUGCAUAGUCAGAUUCAUCAUCAGUCUCAUCCCCAGCAACAUCAGUCGUCACACAACCAGCAUCUUCAUCAUCAACCGCAUCAACACAUGCAGCAUUUGCAACAUCCCGUUUAUGGCAAUAUGAUGCCAAAUGACAUUACUUAUCAACAGUACCCUUCGCAACUGGAAUCUACACUGUUACAACAGAAUGUUGAACCUCAAAAACAACUUCAUUAUCCUCCAUAUAACGAACCGGAUAUCGAAACCGGCAAACCUUAUAGAAUGCCUCUCGAGUUACCAUACAUAAAAUCGCCAGGAAUGAAUCGCAGAGACAUAAAGUAUCUUGAAAGCGCUGAGAACAAAGAAAAUGCUAUUGUCGUUGACUAUAAUGGACCAAUGGAAGAAAAUAUGUCGUCAAAGCCAGCCGACGAAAACAAUUUAUACACUGAUGAAAGUCUUGGUAUAACUCCGUUAGUCGGGAACGAUGAUACUUGUUUCACGGAAGCAUUUAAUACACAAUUGACUAGUUCUACACCUAUGACUAAUCAUUUUAGACAAUCUUACAAAGUAUCAGAGGGAACUCCACAAUAUCCAAAUCAUUGCACUCCAUCUCAGUCAAAUUCAGAAGCUCCAAAUGGUGAAACUGAAGACAAACUAAGCGUUAUAUUGGAAUCAACUAGAGAAUAUAUUUCUAGCAGUUCUAGUAGCAGUACCACUCAUACAAGAAACACUGCAUUAGCUUUUACAUUAACGAAAGAAGAUUUGGUUCCUAUAAAAGAACAAUCUAUUAGUAUAGGUGAAGAAGAAGAAGAAGAAGAAGAAGAAGAAGUAGAAGAAGAUGAAGAAGAAGAAGAAGAAGAAGCGAAAAAUGUUACGCUUUCUGCAAAUCAACUUUACGAGCAGAAACUUCAAGCCCAAAUUCAAGCUGUUCACGCUCAAAGUCCACGUACGGUGCAGCGUAACGUGGAUCACAUUACUUCUGAAAUUAAGAAGAAUUGCGAUCUACGAAAAUCAAUUAAUUUUAAACUUAACGAAAUAGAACAACAAGAAAAAGUUGAUUCUAUGGAUUGUGAAGAGCAUCAUGAACCAAUGGAAGAAGCAGAAGAAGAAAUUUUUGAAUUUCCUUCAGGGGACAUAAAUCCUUUCGAUAAAAAUUUAAUAGCUGGUCUCUUAAAGAAAAUUAAAUUUCCCCAACCGCAUCAUGCAGAGGGAUAUGUGAGAUUAAAUACUAAUUUAAAUAAGUUUGUGCCUUCUAUGAUUACGCUUGGUACUGAUGCAUACGAUUUGGAAAAGUGCCUUGGAAAGGGAAUGUAUGGUACAGUAUUCAAAGCGGUAAAUCUACAAACAGGUCAAACGGUAGCUCUUAAAACGCAAAGACCUGCUUGGGUUUGGGAAUUUUAUAUAACUAGAGAAAUAAAGCAUCGUUUGAUUAAUCCACAUAUGUUACGUGGAUUUAUGGACGUAUCAGUGGCAUAUGUUGCUAAUAAUUGUAGUGUACUAGUUUCAGAGUAUUCAAAGUUCGGAACAUUAUUAGCGGUAACAAACCAAAUAAAGAUUGCUACAGGUAAACCGUUGAUAGAGAAUUUAGCUAUAUUCUUCACGAUUGAAAUGUUGCAAAUUGUGGAAUAUUUACAUAAAUGCCAAAUAAUUCAUGGAGACAUUAAACCAGACAAUUUUCUUUUAAUGCGUUUGCCUACUGAAGAUGUAAGGCCGACAAUACAGUUGAUAGAUUUUGGGUGCAGUAUAGACAUGAGACUUUUACCAGAAAAGACAACAUUUACACAGGUUAUAAAGACAGAAGAUUUUACGUGUAUCGAAAUGCAAACUGGAAAACCAUGGACGUAUCAAACUGAUUUGUAUUGUUUAGCUGCAACAAGCCAUUGUUUGUUGUUUGGUAAUUAUAUGAGAGUUUCGCAUAUGGGCGAUCGUUGGUUCAUCACAUCGAAAAUACCAAGGUAUGCCAGGAGAGCUGCAUGGGAGCAGUACUUUACAGAAUUAUUAAAUAUUGAAUCUUGCGAUAAAAUGCCAGAUUUAUCAAAAUUGCGCAACAUGAUGGAAGAAGCAUUAGCGCAAAUGACGGAUUCGCAACAGAAAUUUAGAAAUUUUGUUAAUAUUUUAAACAAACGAUAACACUUGCUGAAUAUACUGUACGAAAUAUUGUGUCCCUACGUGUGCACAUAUUUAGUAUAGAACCAACAUUUAUUAAAAAAAAUUAAUGUUAUUAUGCUAUUUAUUAUAAAAAAUUAAUAUUAUGGUGAUAUAUAUAUAUAUACUAUAUGGUUAAUAAUACACGAAAUGCACUUUACACGGCCUGCUUCGUGGAGGCUUUAAGGAACUGUAAUGCUUGCACAUAAUCAAUUACAUUAGAAAUACUAAAUACUUGAUUCACUGAAAACAAGAAAAAACAACAACAACAACAACAACAACAACAACAAAAAGAAAAGAAUGAAAUAUGAAAACUAUUAGUAUUAUUACUGACAUUUUGUGCCCCAUAAGUUAUAAAAAUGUCUUUCAAGAUACCUCGUGACACAGUACCUGGAUGUUAGCAUCUGUCACGUAAAUUAUGUAAAGGCAGAUUUGUAUAAUAAAGUUGAGUAAAAAUAAAACUUAGAGAAAACGAAUAUGUAAAAACAAACAAAAAAAAAAGGAAAAAAAAAAUUAAUAUUUAUAAUACAAUGCGAGUUGUUUAUCUACAAUGUUUUUUGUAAUUACAAACAGAAAAAUUUAUGUACCAACGUAUUAUUGCGUAUGUACAUCCAUAUAAGCUUGCAUACUUUAUCUAAAAUAAUAUGUAUGUAGUGUUUAUAUCGUAUAUAUAAAAUAAAAUACAAUAAGUUUUUGUUCUAUAAAUUAAGAAUUUCUUACUUGCACUGAUCGUAUUUAAACAGUUCAAUUGUAUGUUCAGUAAAAAAAAAGGAAGUUGACGUUUAUUAUAUGUUAGUUCAAUCAUGAUUAUAAUUAUUAACAGACUAUGAUGACAAGCUAAUGAAUAACGAAUUAAUUGUAAUUUCUUUUAAUCAAUCUUUUUAUUUUAAAUGUGCAGGCUGAUUCGCCAAUAUCCACUAAACAGGCCCUUAUGUAGUAUAUUCUACAAAAUAGAAUUUAUUGAAUUAAAUAUACACACGAUAGAAAUUUCGGGUUUGUGUUCAAAUAAUUCGACUUUAGAUUUUAUAAAGUGCACAAAAACACUGGGUUAUCCAAUAUUUAAAGAAUAAUAUAAAAUAUGUAUAUAGGAACAUAUAAAUAAUAAUGGAUAGCCUAUUGUAUCUGUUAAAAAAUUUCUGAGAAUAUGCCUUACCUUAUUUUAACGGUAUACAAUAUAAUACAAACAACUAUAUUCAAAUUAUCCCUUAUUGAAAAAGAAAAAAUAAAGAAUAGCACACAGCUGAAGUUAAGUUUAGUUGUAAAAAUAAACCAAGGAAAAGAGUAUUCCCUCGACAGUAGUAUUUACUACCAUUAGUUUACUUAUUUUUAUAAAAGUUAAAAAUAAAAAAAAAAAAAUAAAAAGAAACAAAUACACUUCUCUUAAAACAUUUAUAAUUUAAAAGCAAGUAUUCUAAUAAAAUCUUUUAUAUAUUAUCAUUAAAUAUAACUGACAUACGAUAUUAACGAUAAAGGUAAUUAAAUCAGUGUAGGCUGGUUUUACCUUUUAUACAUAUAAUCUUAUCAUUCACGAGGUUUCUGUAAAAUUUAUAUAUUUCGCUGCAUUGUUACCUCAUAUUGAUCAAUUAUUAUAAUACAUACAUAUAUACAUACCAACGAAUCUUGUACUAAAAAUUUCAGUUUAUAUAGGUGCAAUUAUUUACAAAAUUGAUGUUACUAAAAAUUAUUAUACGAAAAUUAUAAACACGAAUUCUGAAUCUUCGUAGGCUAUACAAAAUUAAAAACGCGACGUAUUUUUGUUUAAAAAUUCAUUAAAAAUUAUAAUAAAACAUUGCACAAGUGCAUAAUUGUCAUACUAAUAAACAACACAUUUCAUUCUUUUCUUUCAAGUCUUACCAUAAAAUUUUCGAUUCAAUAAAUACAACAACAAGUUCACGUUAA